AUGACAGUCCGAUACAGAACGGACUGGGUCGAGAAAGGUCUAGACAGAUAUCGAAUGCAGCUCAUCAGAAGCCCUCGCAAUGACCGACAUCUCGGUGUUUACUGCGACGCUUUCAAAGCACCCGUUGGUUUUGUCAUCAACCCUCAGUGUUUCUGGGGAGAUGCAUACUAUGUUGAUGUCAGCGCUGCUCGAGCUCCUGCAGGCCGAAGGGCAGUUCGAGACGCUCAUAACAAAACUUGCAAUGACUUCGAAGUGUACACUGGCUGCAAAACAAUCAGAGAGUUCUAA